AUGGUGCCUUCGCUGCUGGACGCUUAUAGGCUAGAGAGGACUGCCUAUGACGAGGCUUUAGUUCUGCGAGACCCACAACAGCACUUGUCCUUGCGCCGAGACGUGGAUCUCAUGCUACGGCGGUGCCGGCGAUGUGCCCCAAUUUUGGGAGAGACUCCGGAGGCCUCGAGGGAAAUGGUGAGGGUGGCUGGUUUUGGAGAGUUUGUUGGGGUGUUGACACGGGCGAGCAACGAUAGCCAGGUAGUGAGGGCCAUUGCCGAGAGGUGGUGGGACAAAACAAACUCGUUCCACUUCUCUUUCGGUGAGAUGACGGUGACGCCAAUGGACUUUGCGGCGAUCACUGGUUUAAGGGUCGGAGGUGACCCUAUCCCUUAUGACGCUGCAGCGGGGAGAGAUCCCGAGCUUCAGAGGCGUCUCCUGGGGUACAGGCUGAGGGCAGAGAAGGGGGAUGCGCCGUAUGCUCAACUGUUGGUGUUUUUGAUGGAGCCCUCAGAGGGUAGGGUCCAGGAGGAGCAGAUGGCGAGGUGCUUCCUGCUUUAUGUGCUCAGUGCGUCUCUGUUUCCUAACAGAUGCAACCGAGUACACUUAUCGUUUCUGCCGGCCUUAAGGAAUAUCGGGGAGAUUACUCGUUUCAAUUGGGGCGGCGCGGCUUUAGGGGCAUGCUAUGCCUUCAUGGGGUCUCUUUCCCGAGGAGUAGGGAAGAGCCUCGGCGGCUAUUGGAGAGUCUGA